AAACAAAUUCGGAAUUGUUUGAGGACGUCCGAAUCGUCCAGUUCUAAGUCAAUGAUAUUUCAUUGACGAUCAAGGUAUUCAGUUAAUUCAGUGGUGGAUGCGGUACAAAAGUCCGGUCCUGUUACUAUGAGGUCUUAAAGAGUCAGGAAAUCCACCAAAACACCCGAAAUUCGCACCCGCCCUCUCCGAAGAAGGCCACCAGAUCAAAGCUCUGCCUUAGCCGUGAAGAGAACCGGCGUGGAGGUCGGCCCCAUCCGCGCUUAUAAAUAGAAGCAUGCGACCUCUUGCCUGACUUCAGUCGACAAUGGUGCAAAAGCGGAAAGUGGACGCCUUCUUCGAGGCACCCAACGAACUCGUGGAGUUCAUCAAACGCGAGAUCGGCGAAGAUGACGACCGGAUCAAACACGUGGAGGAUUUACUCCAGCAGAGGGUGCACUUCGACAAACACAUGCCCAAAAACUACGACAAAGCCAUGGCGCGCAAUUUCAUACGCGGGGCCAAAUUCAACCUGGAGAUCACCCGCAGGAAGCUGGAGGGAUACUUUUUGGCCAAGAAGGCCUUCCCCAUGUUCUACCACAACAGGAACCCCAACUGCAAGGACUUGCUGCGGGCCUUCGAUACGGUGAACAUCGCACGUAUGCCGAAAUUGACGCAAGAUGGCGAACGCGUUUGUAUUUUGUCACUGGCUGAUUCAAACCCCGAUAAUUUUAUAAUGUUGGAUGUUUUGAAGCUGUUCUGGAUGCUGUACGACUUGACCCUCACGUGCGACCUUCCCAUCACCAGCGAAAUAUUCAUCUUCGACUGUGCGUCCGCCAAACCCGAACAUUUGGUGAAAUUCCUCAGCAGUUCGUUCAAAAAUUCGGUCUCGAUUCUUCAAGACGCGUACGCGGCCCGCGUUAGUCAACUACACGUCGUCAAUUGUCCGACAAUGGCCGAGAAAGUGAUCGCCGCCGUUCGGCCCCUCAUCCACGAAAAAGUCAAAAAAAGGUUUAUUGUUCAUAAAGGUGUGGAAUCGCUGCUUAAUCACUUGCAACCGAAAGUGCUACCGGCCGAAUACGGGGGACAUCUGGAAAGUAUCAGGGAUUAUAGUAGGUCAUGGCAGGAGAUACUCGUGGCGAAUGCGGAUUGGUUUGAGGGACAAGAGGGCGUGACUAUCACAGGAACGCCCCCACGCGGGAUUAACAAGUUUGAUAAUGGCCUUGAGGGUAGUUUUAGACAGUUGAAUAUCGAUUAGUUUAAGGCUCGACUGUGAUUAUUUCAUUUCAUUUUUAUUUUCCACAAACAAUACAAAAUAACUCUUACAAAAAAAAACAACAACACUUGGCAACUAAAACCCUAACCUAGAAUUAAGUCAUCGGAAAAAUAGAUGUUCUUCCUUAAUUAAGA